AUGUACAUGCUAAUCUGCUUGAUAUCUGAGGUUCAUAAUGUUCUUGUGCUGGAUGUGACAUCUGCGCAGCUUCUUGUUACUGACAAUGAUUUUAGAGACAAAGAGUUUAGAAAGCAACUUUCCGAAACUGUGAAAUCACUUCUAUCGUUGAAAGUUAUUCCAAUAUUCAACGAGAACGAUGCAGUUAGUACUAGGAGAGCUCCAUACGAGGAUUCUUCUGGCAUAUUUUGGGAUAACGACAGUUUAUCGGCUUUGCUGGCCUUGGAAUUAAAAGCAGAUCUUCUUAUUUUGUUGAGUGAUGUAGACGGUCUUUAUAAUGGCCCUCCAAGCGAUCCUCAGUCAAAGCUCAUUCACACAUACGUUAAGGAAAAGCAUCAAAAUGAAAUUACUUUUGGAGAUAAGUCUAGGGUGGGAAGAGGUGGGAUGACCGCGAAAGUAACAGCUUCUGUUCAUGCAGCCGAUGCCGGCAUUCCUGUUAUCAUUACCAGUGGUAACACAGCUGAAAAUCUCACUAAAAUCCUCCAAGGACAGCGUAUCGGUACCCUCUUCCAUAAAGAUGCGGCCAAGUGGGUUCCAUUAAAAGAGGUUGAUGUACGUGAAAUGGCAGUUGCAGCUAGGGACUGUUCCAGACGGCUUCAGGCCGCAUCUCCGGAAGAAAGGAAACAAAUUUUGCUAAAUAUAGCUGAUGCCUUGGAAUCGCAUCAGAAAGAGAUCAGGAUCGAAAAUGAAGCUGAUGUUGCAGCAGCUCAAGAAGCGGGAUAUGAAAAAUCAUUAGUUGCUAGGCUGGGUUUAAAGAAUGAGAAGAUUGCAGGCCUUGCCAACAACAUACGAAUUAUUGCAAACAUGGAAGAUCCAAUUGGUCAGAUUUUAAAACGAACCGAGCUUGCAGAGGGGCUAAUUUUGGAGAAAACAUCAUCUCCUUUGGGAGUUCUUUUAAUUGUUUUUGAGUCUCGCCCCGAUGCACUAGUACAGAUAGCUUCCUUGGCAAUACGAAGUGGGAAUGGGCUUCUCUUGAAAGGAGGAAAGGAGGCUAAGCGAUCAAAUGCAGUUUUGCACAAAGUAAUUACGGAAGCUAUACCAGAUAAUGUUGGUUCAAAACUUAUUGGACUUGUGACAUCAAGAGCAGAAAUACCCGAGCUACUUAAGUUGGAUGAUGUAAUUGAUCUGGUGAUUCCAAGAGGCAGCAACAAACUUGUUUCUGAUAUCAAAAAUUCGACGAAAAUCCCUGUUCUAGGUCAUGCUGAUGGAAUUUGUCAUGUCUAUGUUGAUAAAUCUGCAAAUUUGGAGAUGGCUAAGCAGAAUGUACUCGAUGCAAAAACAGAUUAUCCAGCAGGAUGCAAUGCCAUGGAAACACUUCUUGUUCAUAAGGAUUUGGUAGAGAAAGGCUGGAUUAAUAGUAUUAUCGUCGACUUGCGGACAGAAGGCGUUACGAUAUAUGGAGGACCCAAAGCAAGUUCUCUAUUAAAUAUUCCACUUGCUCAUUCAUUACAUCACGAGUAUUGUUCGUUGGCUUGCACUAUUGAAAUCGUGGAUGAUGUUUAUGCAGCUAUUGGUCAUAUAAACCGUUAUGGAAGGCACGUCACUCAUAUUUCUUGAUUAGAAAUUUGUUGAGGCAUUUGCAACUAGACGUUUAUUAUAUCCAAGUCAAGCUUUUGACUUGAUACAUUGUUCCCGCUGUAGAAUUAAUUGGACUCGAGAUGAUGGGAUCUUGCUGCUUGAAGUUAAUAGGAUGCUAAGAGCUGGAGGGUAUUUUGUUUGGGCUGCCCAACCGGUUUAUAAGCACGAAGAAGCUUUAGAAGAACAAUGGGAAG